CCAUGUUGAGAGACUCACGGCCUAUUGCUUUACGCAAAUUGAUGCCUUUCUCUAACCGUUCCGAUGCUAGAAAACAUAGGACUUCAGACUCAAUACAUAGUGAUGAAGAUCCAUUGUUAGAUGAGGAGGCUGCUCUAAAUCUUAUUGAUUCACCUUCAUCACCUUCUUCUAGUGCACCUUUAAACGGACGAACUACAAAGGUUGACAAGAAAAAGAAACAGCAGCAGUCAGGAUUCUUUUCACGGUUUAGUAAAAAGAAAAUAUCCCAACCUAGAACGAUUUCACUCCAAGCAGACGACAAGGAAAAGAAAAAGUAUGCAGCCAACGUCAUUAUUAAUCAAAAAUACAACAUUAUCACCUUUAUUCCUAUUGUGCUAUUCGAACAAUUUGCCAUAUUUUUCAACAUGUACUUCUUACUUGUUGCUUUAUCCCAGUUUGUACCGGCCUUAAAGAUCGGAUAUAUCCUUACCUACUUUGGACCAUUAUGUUUCGUUUUAUUAAUCACAAUCAGCAAAGAAGCAUUAGACGAUUAUCAACGUUACAAACGUGAUAAGGAAGCCAACUCACAGCUUUACCGUCGACUUACAUCCUCUGGAAAUCAAAAUAUUCCAAGUUCUAAAAUUAGAGUGGGUGAUUUGAUUCACAUCAUGAAGGAUCAAAGAAUUCCCGCUGAUAUGAUCUUGUUAAGAACGACAGAGGAAAGUGGCGCAAGUUUUAUUAGAACAGAUCAAUUGGAUGGUGAGACGGAUUGGAAGUUGCGUUUAGCAAUUCCUCAUUUGCAAAAAUUACAUUCGGACGGUGAUUUGUUGGAUGUGAAGGGACAUGUCUAUGCGGAUGCACCUCAUAUGGAUAUUCAUAACUUUGUGGGAACUAUUUCAAUUGUAGAUCAUACAACAGGAGCAGAACGAAUCGAACCUUUAGGCGUAGAGAAUACAAUGUGGACAAACACCGUGUUAGCUUCAGGGUCAGCCAUCGGAUUUGUGAUUUAUACCGGUAAAGAUACCCGAGCUGUAAUGAAUACCAGUCACCCCAAAACAAAGGUUGGUUUGAUUGAUAAGGAAAUCAAUCAACUUGCAAAGAUUUUAUUUAUUGUGACUCUGGGACUUUCUGUCAUCAUGGUUGGGUUUAAUGGUUUCCGUGGUGUUUGGUAUAUCUAUGUCUUUAGAUUUUUAAUUCUAUUUUCUUCGAUUAUUCCUAUUGGUUUACGUGUCAAUCUGGAUAUGGGGAAAACAGUUUAUGCGCAUCAAAUCGAAAACGACCAAGAGAUUAUGGGAACAAUUGUACGUACAAGUACUCUACCGGAAGAAUUAGGCCGCGUUGAGUACUUAUUGACUGAUAAAACCGGCACCCUGACACAAAAUGACAUGGAGUUGAAGAAGUUGCAUAUGGGUACAAUGUCUUAUAGUUUGGAUACCAUGGAUGAAAUCCAAACCCAUUUAGCAACUGCUUUUGGACCCCAGGAUUUAUUAACAGCAAAAGGCCGUCGAAAUAUAUCUGUACGUGUACGUGAUAUCGUACAAGCAUUGGCGCUUUGUCAUAAUGUUACACCCGUGGUAAGCAUUGAUGGCGAUAUCACUUAUCAAGCAUCAAGUCCCGAUGAAGUGGCUAUUGUAAAAUGGACAGAGCAUAUGGGCUUGACAUUGGUGAACCGUGAUGUUAAUUCAAUUCAGUUACGUGUCGAUGCAACAGGCGAAAUUCUUUAUUUUGAUGUUUUGAAUAUCUUUCCAUUCACUAGUGAAACCAAACGUAUGGGUAUUAUCGUUCGUAACAGACAAACUCAAGAAAUCGUGUUUUUUGAAAAGGGUGCAGAUGCAGUGAUGGCACGCAUUGUACAAUAUAAUGAUUGGCUAAACGAAGAGUGUGAUAACAUGGCAAGAGAAGGUCUUCGUACACUUGUUGUUGCUAAAAAAAGUUUAUCAGAGGAGUCCUACCAGGAAUUUACAUCCAGGUAUCAUGAUGCUGAAGUAGCACUUCAUGAUAGAAAUAUGUUGAAACAAUCCGUGGUAGAAACUUUGCUGGAGUCGAAUUUAGAAUUAUUGGGAUUGACGGGUGUUGAAGAUAAAUUGCAAGAAGGUGUCAAGAACACCUUGGAGCAAAUGAGAAAUGCGGGUCUGAAAAUUUGGAUGUUGACGGGUGAUAAAAUCGAAACAGCCACAUGUAUUGCUAUUUCUUCUAAACUGGUGUCUCGUAAUCAAGGCAUCCAUACCAUAUCCAAAUUAAAAACGGCAAUGGAAGCGAUUGACGAAAUUGACAAUUUACGUACAAAAACUGAUAAUUGCCUUGUCAUCGACGGCGAGUCGUUACAACUCUGUUUGGAUCAUUGUAUCGAUGAAUUUAUAGAGAUGGUUACUAUGCUACCCGUGGUUGUUUGCUGCCGUUGUUCUCCCACUCAAAAGGCUGAUAUCACUCGUUUGAUCAAAGAAUAUACCAAAAAGAGAGUGCUUUGUAUCGGCGAUGGAGGUAACGAUGUAAGUAUGAUCCAAGCUGCUGAUGUUGGUGUAGGUAUCGUUGGCAAAGAAGGAAAACAAGCAUCCUUAGCUGCUGAUUUUUCCAUCACACAAUUUAGUCACUUAACCAAGCUGCUUUUAUGGCACGGAAGAAACAGUUACAAAAGAUCCGCCAAACUUUCCCAAUUUGUUAUUCAUCGUGGUUUAAUUAUCUCGGUUAUGCAAGCUGUAUUUUCAGCAUUAUUUUAUUUCGCCCCUAUUGCCUUAUAUCAGGGUAUGCUGAUCGUGGGUUACGCCACGCUGUAUACAAAUGCGCCAGUAUUUUCUCUUGUAUUGGAUCAGGACGUGAGCGAGGAGAUUGCCAUGAUGUAUCCUGAGUUAUAUAAGGACUUGACAAAGGGACGUUCAUUAUCGUACCGUACUUUCUUUACUUGGUUGUUGAUUAGUGUGUAUCAGGGUGGUGCUAUCAUGAUCUUGUCUAUCAUUCUCUUUGAGGACGAGUUUAUUCACAUUGUUGCCAUCUCUUUUACGGCACUAAUCUUUAAUGAAUUAUUAAUGGUGGCGCUGGAGAUUAACACAUGGCAUAAAUUCAUGAUUUUAGCUGAACUUAUUACGCUGCUUAUUUAUUUCGGAUCCAUGUGGCUAUUACCUACUUACUUUGAUAUGCAAUUUAUUUUAACAAGUAGGUUUGUAUGGAAGGUUGCUGUUAUCACAGCAGUAAGUAGCUGUCCAUUAUAUAUUGUUAAGAUGAUCAGGAGAAGAAUUGCACCACCGAGCUAUACAAAAUUAACUUAAUCGUAAACAUAAUAAAAUAUAUAAUGAGGG